CUGGCUGCCUGGUCGAUGCCUGGUCUUGCUAGUAGAAAGAUGCAAGCGGCUGUGAGAUUACGGUUUUUAUGGACAGAAGUCGGCUCAAGGACGCAAGCAAACACACUGACAAGCAUUCGGUCGUUUAGCUGCUMGAGACAGAAAUACAUGAAAGUGCUUAUAGGAGGAGGAACUGGGUUUGUUGGGAAGAGACUGCAAAAGACACUCGAGUCGAAGGGACAUGACGUGCAAAUUAUAUCAAGAACAAGAGGUGUUGGAAGAAUAACCUGGGAUGAUGUUGCAUCAUCAGGACUGCCAGAGUGCCAAGCUGUUGUCAACCUUGCAGGGGAAAAUAUCUUAAAUCCAUUGAAAAGAUGGAGCAACCAACUAAAAGAAGAUCUCAGAAAAAGUAGGAUUGAUACGACUAGAUUGCUGGCUGAAAAAAUUGCUGCAGCACCCCACCCCCCUGAGGUGUUCGUUGGGUCUUCUGCCGUUGGUUUUUAUCCACCUGACAGUAUGCUUGAGUACAGUGAGGAUUUCCCGUCCAGUGAUUCAGAUGUUCUAUGUGAGUUAUGUCGGGACUGGGAAGCUAGUGCCCAGCUCCCAGAGGGCUGUAGUACAAGACAGGUCGUUGUUCGUAUUGGUGUUGUUUUGGGUAAAGAAGGAGGGAUGAUACAGCAAGCAAUAUGGCCGUUCUGGUUUGGUCUUGGAG